CAUAAACCCUAGCUCGGUUUCUUCUGCCGAGCAACAAAGCCGAAAGCUCCUUUACCUGUUUCGUAAGUCUCAACCUGUUUCUUAGGUGAGUAAUGAAACAUAACAAUGUUGUGCCCAGUGGGCACUUCAGGAAGCACUGGCAGAACUAUGUGAAGACAUGGUUCAACCAACCUGCUCGCAAACAAAGGAGGAGAGCUGCUAGACAAAAAAAGGCUGUUAAGAUUUUCCCCAGGCCAACUGCUGGAGCCCUUCGCCCAAUUGUCCAUGGGCAGACACUCAAGUACAACAUGAAAGUCAGGGCUGGUAGGGGAUUCUCCCUCGAGGAGCUUAAGGCUGCAGGUAUCACAAAGAAACUGGCACCUACAAUUGGCAUCUCAGUUGAUCACCGCCGUAGGAACAGUUCGCUUGAGGGUCUUCAGGCUAAUGUUCAGAGGCUGAAGACUUACAAGGCCAAAUUGGUUGUCUUCCCAAGACGUGCUCGCAAAUUUAAGGCUGGUGAUUCUACUCCCGAGGAAUUGGCCACUGCAACCCAAGUCAAUGGUCCUUACCUCCCUAUUCUACGUGAGAAGGCUUCAGUGGAGUUUGUUAAGGUCACAGACGACAUGAAGUCAUUCAAGGCAUAUGACAAGCUGCGUCUUGAACGGACGAAUGAGCGCCAUAUCGGUGCCAGGGCAAAGAGGGCUGCUGAGGCUGAGAAGGAGGACAAAAAAUAGUGUCCAACCUCUUCACUGCGCAAGCUAAAUGAGUCACUGCUCUUUUUCUUCUGAAUCAUCAAUAUUAGCAAUUAUACUAUUGAUUGUGUAUGAACUUCAAGAUUUUCAACAUUUAUGGAUUUGGAUACCUGUCUAUGAAAUGUGUUUUCAUAAUAUUCAUGGGUGUUCUACUC